GGGUUUUGAGUCUUCUCUCUACCUGCAGCUUCAUCGUCGUCAACAUAUAAGAAGGGAAAAGAAGCGCCAACAGUCUCUUCUCCUGACGGCGGUAGAACCAGUGGAGGCGGACCCUUCAGCAGAUCCCAACUUCGUCUUCGUAAAAUGGUCACCUUCAGAUUUCAUCAGUACCAGGUGGUGGGCAGAGCUCUGCCGACGGAAGGCGAUGAGCAUCCGAAGAUUUACCGCAUGAAGCUGUGGGCCACCAAUGAGGUCCGCGCUAAAUCCAAGUUCUGGUACUUCCUGAGGAAGCUGAAGAAGGUGAAGAAGAGCAAUGGGCAGGUGCUCGCCAUCAAUGAGAUCUUUGAGAAGAACCCGACAAAGAUCGACAACUAUGGGAUAUGGUUGAGGUACCAGAGUAGGACAGGUUAUCAUAAUAUGUACAAGGAGUACCGUGAUACCACGUUGAAUGGUGCUGUUGAGCAGAUGUACACCGAGAUGGCCUCACGCCACAGGGUCAGGUUCCCAUGCAUUCAGAUCAUUAAGACUGCCACUGUCCCGGCGAAGCUCUGUAAGAGAGAGAGCACCAAGCAAUUCCAUAACUCGAAGAUCAAAUUCCCUCUCGUGUUCAGGAAGGUUAGGCCACCGACCAGGAAGUUGAAGACUACCUACAAGGCCUCGAGGCCCAACUUGUUCAUGUAAGUUCUUAUUUUCCCAAUGGAGCUUGUAGGCUAUACGUUCAGAUUGGCUUUAUAGAUAAUUUUGGUAGAAACUACUGCUGUUGGUUAUCUUUUUACUGUUGGAUUCUGUUUUGUUGAGGAUACCGAUGAUAUUGAAAGGACAUCAAGCAUUAUAUGAUCUUUGUUGGGAUGAAUCCGUUUUAUGCA